CGGCCCUGCUCUUCGAGUGCGCCGGGCGCUGCGGGCGGGGCCGGCCGGGCUUGCCGGGCGCAGAGGACGCGGCGCAGGCAUGUUCCGGCUCCUGGGCGCCGACCUGGGCCGAGCCCUCCUGCGGGCCGCGGGGCGGCGGGGCCGGCGCUGCUGGGCGCACCUGCCCCCGGGGCCGGCAGGCGGCCGGGCGCCAGCGGUGAGGGUGCCGCCGCCCCGCGUCGCUCCGCAGGGCGGGGGCCCGGGCCUGCUGCCGCUGCUGGCAGCGCUCGCGUGGUUCUCGAGGCCCGCGGCGGCGGAGGAGCCGGGAGCGGACCGGGCCGCCCGGGAGGCCGAGGAGGACGAGACCGAGGCCGAGAUCAUCCAGCUGCUGAAGCGAGCCAAGUUGAGCAUCAUGAAAGAUGAGCCAGAAGAGGCUGAGCUAAUUUUGCAUGAGGCACUUCGUCUUGCCAUUCAGAGUGAUAACAAGAAGGCCAUCAUUUACACUUAUGAUUUGAUGGCCAACUUAGCAUUUAUACGGGGUCAGCUUGAAAAUGCAGAAAAACUUUUUAAAGCAACAAUGAGUUACCUGCUUGGAGGGGGCAUGCAACAGGAAGACAAUGCAAUAAUUGAAAUCUCUCUAAAGUUGGCCAGUAUCUAUGCUGCUCAGAAUCGACAGGAAUUUGCUCUUGCUGGCUAUGAAUUCUGCAUUUCAACUCUAGAGGAAAAAAUUGAAAGAGAAAAGGAAUUAGCAGAAGACAUUUUGUCAGUGGAAGAGAAAGCCAACACCCGCCUCCUCCUCGGCAUGUGCUUAGAUGCUUAUGCUCGCUACCUUCUGUCCUCCAAGCAGCCAUCGCAGGCACAGAGGAUGUAUGAAAAAGCUCUGCAUAUUUCUGAAGAAAUACUAGGAGAAAGACACCCACAGACCAUUGUGCUAAUGAGUGACCUGGCUACCACCCUGGAUGCACAAGGCCACUUUGAUGAGGCCUGUGUGUACGUGCAGAGGGCGUCAGAUCUGGCAAGACAAGUAGGACAUCCUGAGCUGCACAUGGUGCUGAGUAACCUGGCUGCAGUUCUGAUGCACAGAGAACGAUAUGCACAAGCAAAAGAGAUCUACCAGGAAGCACUGAAGCAAGCAGAGCUCAAAAGAGAUGAGGUUUCAAUACAGCACAUCAGGAAAGAAUUGGCCGAGUUGUCCAGAAAAAGUAGACCUUUGACUUAAUCAAGCUCUGAAUCCCUUUUUGUUGUAGGAAAUUUCCCAGUAUCAGUGGCACCCAAAUCAAUGGCUUAAAUGAGCGAUUUUCAACCUGUUUGUUGCAAGAAUUUUUAAAACCUGCAGUACCCGACUAGUCAGGGGCACUGACCUCUUUUCCCUUAGGUUGUUAAAUAAAAAAGAUUACAACAGCCAACACAACAGUAGCCGUCCAGUGUGAAUGAAUCAAAAUUAUACCUAUUACUUUGUCAGAUUGGCAAAAAAUAUAUUUUUUUGGUGUGCUGCAGAAUUUUCAUACUCAGUUUAUGUGCCACGAGAUGAAGAGUUGAAAAUCACUGGCUUAAACCCUUUGUCCUUGAUCCUCAAGUGUCCUCAGCUUAGCCUCUGUGCAGGACAGGUUAAACAUUGCACCUCCGCUUGUUUUUUACAGGAAAGGCAACUUUCACACCUGACUUUGACUUCUAAAGAUGUCUGUCAAGUAGUGUUUCAGUGUAGCAUACGUAGGUGCUCCAUGCAGGUCUAAUUGUAGAUUAAGAUGGGUCAGUUUCCCCUGGGUGGGUGUAUAAUUCACACAGGCAUCUCUGCCAUAAGAACAAAUCACGGAGCAGCCACCUGCACCCAGAACCUCACCACAGGGUAGGCCCUACCGCAUUCCUGGGGUGCUGACGUGUACCAUAGGCCCAGCAGAGGAGUCGCAGGCCUGGACCCAACUCCUGGCUUUGGAAUGGGGUCUCGGUACCCUCAUUUGUAAAGUAAAGGACAAAAGAGAUUCUUUCUUGGCCACAGAAGAAGGUAUUUGGUCAAAUGAUCUAAAUGAAUAGAUUGCUGUGUUGAAAGAACUCUAUCAUUUUUCCUCAGUCUAGAAAGUGUAUACAGAUACUCUUCAACUCAUCAUGGGGUUAUGUCCUGAUAAACCCGUCAUAAAUUGAAAAUACCCUACGUCAAAAACACAUUUAAUAUGCACCAGCCGGGUGGCUCAGUUGGCUGAAGUGUUGUCUCACACACCCAAGUGUGCGGAUUCCAUUCCAGGUCAGGGCACAUACCUGGGUUGCAGGUUCCAUCCCCAGUUGGGGAGCUUUCAGGAGGCAACCAAUCAAAGUUUCUCUUUCUGUCUCCCUUCCUCUCUAAAAUCAAUAAACAUAUCCUCGGGUGAAGGUUUAAAAACAAGUAUUAAAAACACCUAACCUAGUAAAUAGUUUACCCUGCCAGUUUCUACUGAGUACCUAUCACUUUUGCACCUUUGUAAAAUUGAAAAAUUGUUAAGUCAAACCACUGAAAGUCAGACUGUCUAAGUACAAGAUGCAUAGAUGAGUGCUUUACCUUGCAAAGACCUGGUGGCUUCGGGAAAGGCAGUUUUUCUUCGCACCGUGAAGGAACACUUGUUACUGGUAUUCCUUUGGGGUGGGUUAUGAGUGGGAAUGAUAAACUAUGUUUUUGGUUCCUAUGUACAUACUGGAAGAAUCCUUUCAUAAUAAAUUACUCUACAACAAUAUUGUA